AUGGGCCUGGACCACCACCAGGUACUGGAACUCCGCGCGUGGUGGGGGCGGCUGACCACGGACGGCGUGGGCACAAUCUUGAACGUGCGCAAGGCGCUCGAGGAGCUGGACCCAGGGCAGAACUUUUCCGACGAUGAGAUCGAGCAGAUAAUGUUGGAGAGCUGCAGCCACCGCCGCACACCGAGCCGCUGCCCGUCCGGAAGCAGCAGCCGGCGCGUGUCCCUCGUGGGCGGGCGCGCAUCGUCGCCGCAGCGGGGCCCGUCCGGCGGAUCGCCGCGACUCCUCGUCGUCAAGCAGGACGUCGCGCAGCAGCUCUUGCCUCGACGCCGACAAGCUGUUCGCCGCGAUCGGGGAAGCGCAGAGCGACGCGGCCGCACAGGACGGCGAGGGUGCGCACUCCGACUCGGACGGCGGCAGCUCCCUCCCGUCGGAGCCGCCGGACAUGGAGUGCAGCCGCAGCUGGGCUCUGGGGGGUGCCCUCAAGGCAUCCCGCAGGGGGAGCCUGGCUUCCAGCCGCUGCCCGUCCUUGGGGAGCCCCUCUAG